ACAACAUUAGAGGGGUCUAAUUUGUCUAAUCAAUGCUGUGUUAUAUCAAAUAUAUCGAUUAUCCAAUUUAUGUAGACCAACAAAACGGUGUACGUGCGAAAAAUUCUAAGUUAUCUAAUAAGAUUCUCCUGGUACACAUAUUCUGUCCUAUCAAAUUAAUUAUGGAUUAUAUUUGUUCCGAAAUUCAAUACGAUGGAGACAUUGAUUUGAUAGAUUUAGCAGCGGGACCCGGUCAGCUUUUACAUGUCAACAAAUAUUCUCAUACUACUCCAGGCAGUGAAGUACUAACACAAAAACAAACUUACUAUGUUAUGCAUCCAACAAUUAAGAACGGCAAAAAAAUAUAUUUGCCAAUAUUAGAUAUUGGUUCUGAGGAGUACAGUUACUUUACGAUCAAACGGAAACCUAAUCCAAAGCAAGGUGUUUUGGCUCAAACUAGUGCUACAAAAAAGCCUAAUUCGAGAAAAGUCGAGGCGGAUUCUCAAACAUCAACAUUAUAUGGAAAAACGUCGAGUGUUUGGUCAACACUACAAUCCGGAUCAAAACCUUCUCCAUCUGUCAAACAUGAAUAUGUUAGGGGUCCUAAUGUGAGAAGACCUAAAUAAAAAUUUUGAAUGUAUAUUUAUUUACAGUUUCUAUUAAAGAAUGUAUGUAUUUUUAA